UGUUUUGACACGUUACUACGUCACUCGGUUGCUAUGUAGUUCGCGCCCUUGGUUACCACUUUUUCCCACGAUGCAUCGCUUCUAGGAGAGCUUUGGGAUAUUUAUUUAACGCUUAAUAACACCACGUACCAACAUAACCUUCUACUGAAAGCGUACGGAAGCACAUGAAAGCCAAAGUCUAAGUCUGCAUAAUAUAAAUGAUGGAGAAAGAACAACAGGGCUUCAUAAUCUUCAAUGCUUCAAAAAGAGAGCUGUUUGGUACCCACAAUGGCUACAAGUCCAUGCAGAAGAGACUGAGAGCGCAGUGGAAGAUCCAGAGUAUGAAGGAAGAACUGUCUACAGAGAAGCUGAAAGGUGUCAAGCUGUGGAUAACUGCUGGCCCAAGGGAGAAGUUCACAGCCUCAGAGCUGGAGGUGCUGAAACACUACCUGGAUGGAGGAGGAAAUAUGCUGGUCAUGCUUGGAGAGGGAGGAGAAAUGAAAUACGACACAAACAUCAAUUUUCUUCUGGAGGAGUUUGGAAUAAUGGUCAACAAUGACGCUGUUGUGAGGAAUGUGUACUACAAAUACUUCCAUCCCAAGGAGGCUCUUGUUUCUAACGGCGUGUUGAACAGAGAGAUCAGUCGAGCUGCUGGAAAAGUAGUCAGAGGAGUAAUUGAAGAUGAAACAGUUGGAAACAACUCCCAGGCUCUCACAUUCGUGUACCCUUACGGAGCCACACUGAGUGUGAUCAAACCUGCUGUGGCCGUGCUUUCAACUGGUUCCGUCUGCUUCCCGCUCAACAGGCCUGUCCUGGCCUUCCACCAUGGAAAGGAGUCUGGCAAGCUGGCUGUGUUGGGUUCUUGCCACAUGUUCAGUGAUCAGUACAUCGACAAGGAAGAGAACAGUAAAAUCACAGAUGUUGUGCUUCAGUGGUUCAUGUCUGAAAACAUUCAGCUGAACCAGAUUGACGCAGAAGAUCCAGAGAUUGCGGAUUACACGAUGCUGCCAGACACGGGCUGCCUGUCAGAACAGCUCCGAGUGUGUUUACAGGAGGGAGAUGAGAACCCUCGGGACUUCACCUCCCUCUUUGAUAUGUCUUUGUUUAAUCUGUCCACCGACAGUUUACCAGAAGUCCAAAGCGCUUUUAAGCAGCUCAAUGUAAAACAUGAGCCACUUCAGCUCAUCACGCCACAGUUUGAGACGCCACUUCCUCAGCUUCAGCCGGCUGUCUUUCCGCCUGCCUUAAGUGAAUUGCCUCCUCCCAUGCUCGACCUGUUUGAUCUGGAUGAAACGUUCUCCUCUGAGAAAGUACGCCUCGCCCAACUGACCAAUAAAUGCACUGAUGAUGAUCUUGAAUUUUAUGUUCGCAAAUGUGGUGAAAUUUUGGGUGCGACUCCAAAAUUGGAUAAAGAUCAGAGGGAUGCCAAACACAUCUUGGAACACAUCUUCUUCCAGGUGGUAGAAUUCAAGAAGCUUAACCAGGAACACGACAUCGACCCCGAGACAUGAUUCACUCCACUGAUUGGAACCGCAAUCAUGUUAGACUUCUUCGUAAAGGUUUCAAUAAAAACCACAUGGUGACGGAGACUAAA